CUGUUUCCGGAAAUCACAGCUGUAUCUGCUUUAAACGUCCGUCUCCUGCUUGUGAAAUUUAAACUGCUUUGAGCGGGAUCUGUUUGCGUUUUAACCAGGCAUCAGAGAGACGGUGUGUUCGUCUGCUCUCUGACAUGCGUUUCUACGUUUUUAUCGCAUCAGUGUUUUGUUGUGCAUUCGCAGAUUCGCGAAAAAUUAGAGGGAUAUCAUCGUCCUACAAACGCUUCUACAGAGAAAGAAAAUCUUUUUUGUGCAUCGAUGGCUCCAAACUCAUUCCCUUUGAGCAGGUGAACGAUGACUACUGUGACUGUGAAGAUGGCUCUGAUGAACCAGGGACAUCCGCCUGCCCUCGUGGGAGAUUUUACUGCACCAAUCUGGGGUUCCGACCACACUACAUUCCAUCGUCUCGUGUCAAUGAUGGCAUCUGUGAUUGCUGCGAUGCUUCCGAUGAGUACAACAGUCAUAUCCGCUGCCAGAAAACAUGCUGGAAUCUGGGACAAAGGGAGAGGGCGUACGUGGAGGGCCAGAUGAGAACCUUAGACGAAGGUUUACGACUCAAGCAGCAGCUGAUUGAGGAAGGAGUGCUGCUCUGGAGGGAGAAACAGGCCCAGCUUAGAGAGCUUCAGCAGAAGGCUGAGGACCUACACCUUAAAGUGGAGGAACACAAGAAAAGGAAACAUCAAGCAGAUCAGCACAAAGAGCAAACGUUAAAGACACUGCAGGCAGGUGGCGCUGGUUCACGACAACACAAUAACACUGCCUCUGGUCUUUUCCAGUUUCUUGACAACAAUAAAGAUGGAAGUAUAACAGUGGACGAAGUCCAGGCGAGGGUGGUGACCAUUCAUGAUGAGAAGCGGUUGCUGUCUGAGAAUGAAGCAGUGGCUUUGUUGGGAGGAGGCCGUCAGAUGGAUCUCACCAUGUUUCGACACACACUCUGGGACACUCUGACAAAAGGAGACAAUGUCAAGAUCAGAGACACCAAUGCAGCAUUAGACAGCCCGGUGGUCGAGGAUCCUCUGCUAAUGGCCGCUGACAGAGCUGCAAAGUGGGAGGCUACCAAUCUGAAGAAAGUGGAAGAAGCCUAUGAAACUGUCAACAUGGAAAUAAGUGAUCUGCAGCAGAAGCUGGCCAUAGACUAUGGAACUGAUUGGGAGUUUCUGUUUCUGAACAGCCAGUGUUACAAGCUACAAGUAUACGAGUAUACUUACACACUAUGCCCCUUCAAUCAAGUCACCCAAGAGAACACUGCAGGAACACAGGUCUCAUUAGGGACAUGGGGGAUGUGGGCAGGAGAACCAAAGAACCAGUACAGUCAGAUGGUGUAUGAAAAUGGAGAGCCCUGCUGGCAGGGAGGGUCCCGCACUGCUACAGUCACGUUGACAUGCGGAACAGAGACAGCCCUGCGAUCGGUGAAGGAGCCCAGCAAAUGCCAGUACAUCAUGGACUUUCAGACUCCCGUGGCCUGUCAGCCCGUGCUAAAGCAACGGGGCAUACACAGCGAACUGUGACCCGCACCGUCUCCCCUUUGUCUCCACAUUGGCCUGGCCUAGAUUAGCUUAGCCGCUCCACAACCCCCCGCCGCCCCCCUCCAAAAAUGUCUGCCCUUCAGUGACAGACCGGGGUCCUGAGGGUCCAGUCUGACAUCUGUUAUCAGAACAUUUACUUCCAGUGUAGUCCAGCUAAGGUCAGUAUGGGAUUUCUAGGUCUGUAGAGUUUAGUUUUCUCCGUCUCAGUACUGCCUCCUUUCUGAAAGGCUGAGUUUAGUGGAUCAGUUAGUAUUGAUUACACUGCAGUAUACAACAUAUACAUUUCAGCCGACUGCGUUGUUUCCCUGUAAAUAAUACAAUAGUAGGCCCAGCAGUAAAACAGUCCUGGCGUUCUCUCUGUUUCUAUUCUGUUUACAGAUGAGACAGAGUGAAUCUCUGGAGCUCUUUAAUUGGACUAUAGAUGCAAUAUUUUUAUGAUAAAUACAAGAAACUAACUAAAUAUAUAGUAAAAGAUUGUUCCUUAAUGUGGCGGUCAUUUUGGUCACGUCCAUGACACCAUCAGAGUGCUGUGUAUAAUGUGUAAAACCAGAUGAACUGAGAUGCACUGCAGUGCAAGUGUUUCCCUUGUUCUUUGAUAUAACCAAAAUUGUUAUUUUAAACUUCCUCCCUGUAAAUACUGAUUAAGUGAACAAAUACUGCACCUAAAAAUCCACAACCAAAAAUUAUUCAGUUUGCUAGAGAACAGUAUCAACUUCUCUUGCUAUCUUCUGGCUUUAUAUUAAAUGUAACUCUUGCCAAGUAGGUAACAUUUAAAGAGAUAUCGAACAAUAAUUCCGUAAAUACACCAAUAUGAAAUACAACCUUGUAUUCUCUUUGAGAGCUCUGAAAACUAAGGCAAUAUGCAGUAAAAACUGACUAAUGACUACACUAGAGAAAGUCACUUUCUUGAACAGUACUCAGCAAAUUAGGUAGCUGUCGUACCACAGAUGGGUUAGGUUGAUUCUUGCAUGGUCUUCACUCUCUUUGGUCAUUAAAAUAAAUCAUAUUAUUAUUGACAACUAGCUAUCGGCCAAAUGUAGGGGGUUACAAGGACCAGAAGUGAUCCCUAUGUUUGGUAACCCUGUCGUCUAAAGACUUUUCUUAGAGGGAAUUUAAGAAUAGUUGCAUAUUUUUCAUAUUGUUCCGAGUUCCACUACAGAAACAGAACUCAAGAAACCCAAGCUCCAGCUGGGUUAUAAAAAAACGUAUGGUACCAAAGCGCCCAACAUAUAGUAUGAGGCCUUAUUUUUUUAUGUCCUCCUCUUGUACAUCCAUCAUUCCUAGCUGUGGAACCCAGGACUCUGAACUUUGAGGACCUGGCUUUCUUUACCAGUUUGGAUUUUGGGAUUACCUUUGGGACUGUAGACAACACUCUGUGUAUUCUCUCUUCUAACAGUUUGCCAUCAUUUAUAUUUGUAUCUUUCUCUGCAUCUGCCAAAUGUGUUAAGAGAAAAUCCCAAAAAAAUCACUAGGUUGUCUAAAAACAAAUAUGCUUAAAACUGCCACCUCAAGACAUGAUAUCAGUCUUCUCCAGUUAAAGACUGCAAAACCCCAAAAAUAUUACCACUGAUCAGUCAGAGUUUAUCCACCAAUCUUGCUGACUCCUGCUUUAAAGACCAACAGCUUUAAUGCUGUGUGUACAGUAGAAGGUUGAAGAAAUAAAACAACAUUUUUAUGUACCUAA